AUGCUCGGAAUCCGCGCCCUCGUUGUGUUGGCCGCUCUGCUCUGCGCUGUGGCUGCGCCUUCCUCGUCGUCCCCCUUCGUUGUACAUGAGUCUCGCAGUCAUGUUCCUCUGGGCUGGACUCCGCUCCGCCGCGCUGAUGCAGACAUGAUCCUUCCCCUCCGAGUCGGUCUUGCGCAACCCAACCUCGAGAACCUCGAGGCGUAUAUUAUGGACGUGUCGCACCCCCACUCGUCGAACUAUGGCAAACACUGGAGUGCAGCCAAAGUCGCUGAGACGUUCCGUCCCACGGCCGAGACUGUCGACACCGUCCGCGCUUGGCUCACAGGCAGUGGCAUCGAGGCGAACCGCGUCAAGCUCACCAGCAAUGGAGGAUGGUUGACGGCCGACGUAUCUGUCGCGGAAGCGGAGCGCCUGCUCGGUACGGAGUACUUCGUGUAUCAGUCCGCUAACGAGGAUCAGCGCCACAUUGCGUGCCACGAGAAGUACCACCUCCCUGAGCAUGUGUCGAAACACGUCGAACUCGUCUCGCCGACGCUUCACUUUGAUGCUAGGGUGGGGGAGGUCGAUUCUCGACCGGUAGGGUUGGAGAGGCGAAAUAACGAGGCGCGCAAGUCAAGUAAAUAUGCCGUUGGCCAGCCUGGAUUCGGAACUAGCUUCCCAAAGACCACGGGAACCGUAGAGGCAGGUUCAUCUUACGGCGUCAGUCUUACCAUUGCACUGACUUGGGGUCCUAAGCAGCCCAAAGUUAACGCCUUAUUAGUCGAAUACACACCUCAGGCAUACCUUCCAGCUGACCUUGACAUGUUCUUCAAGAAGUUCUCUCCAAGUCAAGUCGGCGAAAGGCCUAUCAUGAACAGCAUUGAUGGCGGAUAUCUCCAAACCGAGUUCACCAACUUCAGUUACAACGGCGAGUCGGACCUUGACUUUCAAUACUCCAUGGCGCUGGUGGGCAGCAAGCAGCCUGUGAAUCUCUAUCAAGCCGGUGAUAUGGUUGAGGGGGCUUCCUUCAACAACCUUCUCGACGCCCUCGAUGCGAGUUAUUGUACAUUUGAAGGCGGAGACGAUCCAACCUAUGACUCGAUUUAUCCUGAUCCUGAGGGUGGAGGGUACGAAGGCCCGGAGGAUUGCGGAACCAUCAAGCCUGCAUACAUUAUGUCUACCUCAUACGGUUACAACGAAGCCGAUCUGACACCUGCAUAUGAGCAACGUCAGUGUGCCGAAUAUGCCAAGCUCGGUCUCAUGGGUACAACAGUCCUCUAUUCAUCCGGAGAUGGCGGUGUAGCAGGAAACGAAGAUCUCUGCCUCAACGCUGAUGGAACUCAAACUGCAAACGGGACAAUGUUCAACCCCUCGUUUCCUGGGACGUGUCCGUAUAUUACCAGCGUUGGUGCCACGCAGGUCAACCCAAAUGCGACGGUUUGGGAGCCUGAGAGCGCAUGUGAGCAAGUGAUCUACUCCGGCGGUGGCUUCUCCAAUGUUUUCAAGAUGCCAUCUUACCAGAAGGCCGCUGUCGAAAGGUAUUUGAGCGAGUAUCCUCCUCCGUACUCCUCUGCGCAAUAUAACACUUCGGGCUCUCGUGGUUUCCCUGACAUCGCGGCCAACGGCGCAAACUAUGUGGUUGCCAUGGAUGGCGAGUUCGAGCUUGUGUACGGCACCUCGGCAGCAUCUCCCGUGUCUGCGGCCAUCCUUUCUGCGGUGAAUGAUGCCCGUUUGGCCAUCGGGAAGGGCCCGAUUGGUUUUAUUAACCCUACUAUAUAUACCGCCGAGUUCAUGAUGGCGUUUAACGAUAUCACAACCGGCUCGAAUCCGGGAUGUGGGACGGAAGGGUUCAACGCUCGACCUGGCUGGGACCCCGUUACUGGUCUCGGCACGCCAAACUUUGCGAAGCUCCUCCCACUAUGGUUGGCAUUGCCGUGA